AUGCACACGUCAGCAGCAUCAGCAUCAACGCAAUACCGGUGGGAGCGAGGGUUGGGUGAGCCCGGUGAUUACUCCCACUGGUGGGCCAACGUCUACUGCAGCUGUGGUGGCGGUGGUGAGGCUAUGACUCAUCUUGCCAUGCCAACAGUGGAGAGGGUGGGUAGAAGGCAGAGUUACCACGCUGCUGGGAGCAGACGUGUGCACUUCUCCAGUGCUGCUGCUGUUACUCCUGUUGCUGCCGCCACCCUCCCCUUUCCAUUCCGCCCCUGGAUAAGCAAGCGUGGAGCCUAA